AUGCUACAGCGAUUCCCAGUGACGGAGGCGGAGCCGCCCAAGCCGCCGCUCGGGCCUGCAGGUUCAGAGGUGAACAGCGCCAGCCCAGGGAAUCUGCCCAAGGACGUGUCCCCAAGGCCCCAAGAUUCUAUUCAGUGUCUUGUCACUCUUCCCACAGGUCCUGUUCGUUCCACAUUACCAAAGAAUCCACUUUUCCACCAAAACCUGAGCUUUCAACCUUGCAUAAAGAUGGUAGAAGACAAGUUACCCUCCUUUUCUAUUGAUGGACUGCAAACGUGUCUCAAGGAGCUAGACAAGGAAGAGUUUCAGACAUUUAAGGAAUUACUGAAGAAAAAGUCUUCAGAAUUGACAAUGAGGUCUAUUCCAUUGGUUGAAGUAGAUAACGCCGAUGUGGAACGUCUAGCCUUCCUCUUGCAUGAGUAUUACAUAGGACCUCGUGCCUGGGAAAUGUCCAUUAACAUCUUUGAAGAGAUGAACCUGCCAACGCUCUCUGAGAAAGCAAAGGAUGAGAUGAAAAAACAUUCACUGGCUGAAACACCAGGAGAUUCUGAGCCAAUACAGACUGACCAAGGACCAAGCAAGGAAGAAGGAUCGGAAAUUUCACAAGCUAUAAAAAUAGAUGAUGCCACAGAGGCAGAAACAGAAAAACAUGAAACUUCCCAAGCUAUAGCACAAGGUGGUGCCACAGCAGCAGAGACAAAAGAACAAGGAGGUGACAGGUGGGACUACAAGCGCCACGUGAUGACCAAAUUCUCCAUGAAGAUGGAUGUUGACCAUGGCCCUGAAGAAUCUGCUGCUGACUGCUCGGAAACGCACCGGGUGCUGGCUGGCGCGUUCGGCCCAGACCACAGGGGGCUCCGGCCCCACACCGUGGUUCUGCACGGAAGACCCGGAACUGGGAAGUCGGCUUUGGCGAGGAGGAUCAUGCUACGCUGGGCACAAGGCGACCUCUACGAGAGCAUGUUCUCCUACGCCUUCUUUCUCCACACCAGAGAUCUGCUGCGGAGGAGGGAGAGCAGUUUUGCGGAGCUGAUUUCCAAGGAGUGGCCGGACUCCCAGGCCCCGGUGACGGAGAUCAUGUCCCGACCCGAUCGGCUCUUGUUUGUUGUUGACAGUUUCGAUGACCUGGGCUCUGACCUCAAUGACGACACAAGGCUCUGUAGAGACUGGGCGGAGAGGCGGCCCCCGGCCGUCCUGAUACACAGUCUGCUGAGGAAGGCCCUGCUGCCUGCGUCCUCCCUGGUGAUCACCGCCGGCAGCGCGGGUGUGGACAAGCUCAAGUCGGCGGCCCUGGCUGCCCGCUACCUGCUGGUUGGCGGGAUCUCGGCGGAAAAACGGUUUCAGUUAUUCCUUGAGCACGUCGCCAGCGAGCACGAAAGGGCGGAGAUCUUGCGUGUGAUGGACAGCUGCGACCUGCGGGGCGAGUGCCAGGACGUCGCCGCGCGCUCGCUGGUGUGCGCGGCCCUGCAGCGCGGGAGGGCGGGCGGGGGGCGCGCCGCCCCCAUUUCCCAGACUCUCACCGGGCUGUACGCCACCUUCGUGCUCGACCAGCUCACUCCGCGGGAGGCGGCCCCGCGCUGCCUCAACCGGGAAGAAAGGGCCGUGCUGGCCAGCCUGUGCCGCAUGGCCGCGGAGGGCGUGUGGGACAUGAGGUCCGCCUUCCACGGCCACGACCUCGCGGCCCACGGCCUGCGGGAGUCCGAGCUGGCCGCCGUGUUCCACAUGGACGUGCUGCUCCGCGACGGCCACUGCGAGGGCUACCACUCCUUCUUCCACCUCGGCCUCCAGGAGUUCUGCGCCGCCUUGCACUACGUGCUGGAGGGGCUGGAAAGGGAGCCCGGCCUCUGCCCCGAGCCUCUGUUCGCUGAGAGGGUCGGGAGUUUGAUGGAGCUUAAGCAGACGGGCGCCAACCCCCAGCUGCUCCAGACGAAGCGUUUCUUGUUUGGCCUCGUGAGCAAGGAAGCGCUGCGGGCCCUGGAGGCGCUGCUGGGCCGCCCCGUCCCCCUGGCCAUAAAGCAGAGACUCCUGUACGGGGUCUCCCUGUUAGGGCUGUGGGGCCAGUAUGCCGCCCCGGUGGACGUCCUGGACGCCUUCCACUGUCUGUUCGAGACACAAGAUGAAGAAUUCGUUCACUCGGCCUUGAGAAGCUUCCAAGAUGUGUGGCUUCCCAUUCACCAGAAAAUGGACUUAGUAGUGUCGUCUUUCUGUCUCCAGCGUUGUUGCUAUUUACGGAAACUCCGGGUGGAUAUCAGAAAGAGAACCUCAAAGGACGAGAAGGCCUGGCCUGUGAUUCCCCGAUGGGUGUCGGGUAAGGUCUUCGCCGAUCAGCAGUGGGAAAUUUUCUGCCGUGUGCUCUGCAACCACCCAAGCCUGCAGCAACUGGACCUGGGCACCAGCGUCCUGAGUGAGUGGACCAUGAAGAAACUCUGCGCCAUGCUGAAGAGUCCAACCUGUGCAAUACAGAAUCUAAUAUUCAGACACACCCAGGUCACAGCCGGCCUCCAGCACCUCUGGCCCGCUCUUACCAGCAACUGCCACAUAAAGUGCCUCAGCUUGGGCAGCGCCCACCUGAGCGACAGAGCUGUGAAAGAAGCAUGUGAGACGUUAAAACACCCGAAUUGUUUCCUGGAGUCUUUGAGGUUGGAUCACUGUGAACUGCACCACGCCGGUUACCUGAUGCUCUCCCAAGUCCUCACCAGCCUAAACUACCUCGGCCUGUCGGGGAACAAGGUGACGGACGAGGGUGUGAAGCCCCUCUUCCAGGCCUUGGAGGACUCGGAGUGCGCCCUGGAGAAGCUGACGUUGGAGAGCUGCAGCCUCACAGGUGUGGGCUGCCGUGCCCUGUCCACAGCCCUGGCCAGAAACCGGAGCCUGACGCACCUGUGCCUGUCCAACAACCACCUGGGGGACGAGGCCGUGGCCCUGCUGUGCCAGUCCAUAAGGCUGCCCAGCUGCGGUCUGCGGAAGCUGAUACUGAACCAGUGCCACCUGGACGUGGACAGCUGCGACUUCGUCGCGGUCACGGUGUUGGAGAGCCCACGCCUGACGCACCUGACCCUGAACUGGAACCCGCUGCAGGACGAGGGCGUGAGCCUGCUGUGCAAGGCCAUGCUGGAGCCGCGGUGCCCGCUGCAGGACCUGGAGUUGGUGGGGUGCCGCCUCACCGCCGCCUGCUGCAGGGACCUAUCCUGCGUGGUCGCGAGAAGCAAACACCUGAAGAGCCUGGACCUGGCCGUCAACGCCGUGGGCGACAGUGGGGUUGCGGCGCUCUGCGAAGGACUGAGGCCCGGGACGGGCGCUCUGAGGAGACUCGGGUUGCAGUCGUGUAGUUUGACCUCCGACUGCUGCGAGGCGCUCUCCGCCACCCUCACCUGCAACCAGAGCCUGACCAGUCUGAACUUGGCGCAGAACAGCUUCAGUCCCGAAGGAAUGGUGAAGCUGUGCUCAGCCUUUGCACACCCCAUCUGCAAUCUGCAGUUAAUUGGGCUGUGCAAGACCCAGUACCCUGUGCAGGUGCAAAAGCUGCUGGAGGAGCUGCAGCUGCUCAAGCCCCGACUCCUGAUUAGUAGCCAUUGGUACGAUUUUGACAGAGAGACCCGGUAUUGGUGGAAAUACUGAAGACACGAAACCCUCCCCCCCCUUCUGAUGGAGGAACCGUAAAAGCUGCCUUCUCAGGGCAAGCUCCGGGAGUUCCUUCUCCGAGACGGAAAUGAGUCCUGAUUCUCUCAGAGCCCCAACGGCAGUGAU